AUGGCAGCCGUCGCGUACCUACUGUUCCUCCCACUCGUCACCUGCGCCGUGCUCCUCCUGCUGCUCUCCGUACUGAAGCCGCCAUCCAAGGCACGAGCCAGCGGCGUCCUCCCGCUGCCUCCGUCCCCGCCCACCGUUCCCGUCGUGGGCCCGCUCCUCUGGUUUCUUCGCGCACGCAACCGCCUCGAGCCGGCGAUCCGGGAGCUGCACCGGCGGCACGGCCCCGUGCUCACGCUCCGCUUCCUCUCCCCGCGCCCCGCGAUCUUCAUCUCUGGCCGGGGCGCCACACACCGCGCGCUCGUCCGGCGCGGGCCGGCCUUCGCGAGUCGCCCCCCCGCCAUCGCGCCCUUCCGCGUGCUCACCAGCGGCCAGACCACCGUCAGCUCCGCACCCUACGGCCCGCUCUGGCGGUCGCUGCGGCGGAAUCUCACCUCCGGCGUCCUCAGCCCGUCCCGCGCCCCGCUCUUCGCGCCGGCGCGGCGGCGGGCCCUCGCGGCGCUGGUCUCCGACCUCAGUCGCCGGAGCGAGGAGGGCGGUGGCGAGGCGGUGGCCGUCGCGGAGUGCAUCCAGCGCGCCAUGUUCUCGCUGCUCACGCACGUGUGCUUCGGCCGGAGGCUGCACGGCCGCCGCGUCGGGGAGGUCGAGGCCGUGCAGCGGGAGCUCUUCGCGUCGUACAUCAGCUUCCAGGUCUUCGCCUUCUGCCCGGCGGUCACCAAGCGGGUGUUCUGGCGGCGGUGGAAGAAGGUGAUCUCCAUUCGCCGGAGGCAGGAGGAGCUCUUCCUGCCAUUGAUCAGAGCAAGAAGAGAUCGGGACAACAGCAGCAUUCCCGAUAAUGGAGGAGUAUACGAACACGAACACGACGAGAGCCUGUCGUACUGCUACAUCGAUACGCUUCUCGCCCACCAGCUGCCCAAGGAGGAAGGUGAGCGCGCGCUCACCGACGCCGAGAUGGUGAGCCUCUGCACGGAGUUCCUCACCGCGAGCGUCGACACGACGGUGACCGCUCUCCAGUGGAUCAUGGCGAACCUUGUCAGGCAGACGGAGGUGCAGGCGAAGCUCCUGAACGAGAUCAACGCGGUGGUUUCGGCCGGCGACGAGGACGAUGACGUCGGCGAGGAGGUCCUGAAGAGCAUGCCGUACCUGAAAGCGGUGGUGCUGGAAGGGCUCCGGCGCCACCCGCCGGCGCACUUCCUGCUCUCGCACGCGGCGGUGGAGGAGACGUCGCUGGACGGGCACCGCGUGCCCGCCGCCACGCCGGUGAACUUCUCGGUGGCCGACGUCUCGCUGGACGAGGCCGUCUGGGACCGCCCGGAGGAGUUUAGGCCGGAGAGGUUCCUGGACGGCGGGGAAGGCGUCGGCGUGGACCUGGCGGGGAGCCGGGAGAUCAGGAUGGUGCCGUUCGGCAUUGGAAGGAGGAUCUGCCCCGGGCUGGGCCUCGCGCUGCUGCACCUCGAGUACUUCGUCGCGAACCUGGUGCGCGAGUUCAAGUGGGGCACGGUGGCCGCCGCCGGCGUGGACCUCGCCGAGAGGGCGGAGUUCACCGUGAUAAUGGAGCGGCCGUUGCGCGCGCGGGUAGCCCGGAGGAGGCGCGCCGCCGUCACGAUUUGA